UAUCAUAAUCUUGAGGUCCUUUUUCGUCUUUUCACACUUCCAUCACCUUCAUUUCCAUCACCAUUUUCACUCUCACUCUAAAACACUCUGCUUCGGCAACUUCACACUCUCACACACACUUUCUCUCUCUAAAAAAUGGGUUCUCGAACCGGGUCACACCAGCUAAGCAAUGGGUUGAUAGUCUCGGGUCGACCCGAACAGCUCAAGGAACGUCAGCCCACAAUGGGUUCCCGUGCAGUGCCGUACACCGGCGGUGAUAUCAAGAAGUCCGGUGAGCUUGGGAAAAUGUACGGUGUUGGGGACUACCCGGGCCCACCACCAAUUUUGAAACCUUCGUCAAGGGGAUCAUCUGCUUCACAGCAUAACAGUGGAUCCGUGAGAUCCGGUCCGAAUUCCGGUCCGGUUGGGCAUAAACUCACUAACUCCGGUUCUAUGCCGAAGAAAUCAUCUGGGUCUUUCUCCGGUCAGCUUAUGACUCCGAUUCAACCUACUGGUCUGAUUACUUCCGGUCCGUUGAGUUCAAACACUGGUCGGCGGUCGGGUCAGCUUGAACCGGCUGCUUCGUUUAAGAAAGUUGUGUAUGGUUCGUCGGUGACGAGCUUAAAUGAUGAGAUAAAGCUGGGUUUUAAAGUUUCAAAAGUGGCAAUGUGGGUGUUUCUGGUGGUCGUGUUGAUGGGUUUAGUAGUGGGUGCUUUUCUGAUGGUGGCGGUGAAAAAGGCGGUAAUUCUUGUUGCAGUAGCUGGAGUUUUAGCUCCAUUGGUGGUGAUUUUACUGUGGAAUUUUGCGUAUAAAGAACGAGGAUUGUUGGGUUAUCUGAAGAGAUAUCCUGAUGCUGAGCUUAGAGGUGCCAUUGAUGGACAAUUUGUCAAGGUCACUGGGGUUGUCACUUGUGGAAGUAUCCCACUUGAAACUUCUUUUCAGCGGACAGCAAGAUGUGUAUAUGCUUCAACAGAACUGGACGAGUACAAAGGUUGGGGUGGAAAAUCAGCAAAUCCUAGCCACCGUUGCUUCUCAUGGGGACGCAGGCAUUCAGAGAAACAUGUGGCUGAUUUCUACAUCUCGGACUUCCAGUCUGGAUUAAGAGCUAUAGUGAAGGCAGGUUACGGAGCAAAAGUUGUCCCAUUUGUCAAGCCAACUACAGUCAUUGAUGUAACAAAGAAUAACAAAGAGUUGUCUCCCAACUUCCUGCGCUGGCUUGCUGAUCGGAGCCUCUCAAGUGAUGACCGCAUAAUGCGCCUCAAAGAAGGUUACAUCAAAGAAGGAAGCACCGUAAGUGUAAUGGGGCUUGUAAGGCGCCAUGAGAACGUCCUAAUGAUUGUUCCACCAGUAGACCCUGUUUCAACAGGUUGUCAAUGGACCCGUUGUCUUCUCCCUACUUACAUCGAAGGUCUCAUCUUGACAUGUGACGACAGUCAAAAUGCUGAUGUGAUCCCUGUAUAAGUUUGCUCAUAUAGUUUCAAUUUUGAUUUCUGAUAAGUCAUGGCGAAAGAUUUGAGCAGAUGACAACGCGAGGACAGCAUAGCCUCGGUUAUGCCCCUGAUAAUCCCCCAUAGGGAACCUGAGCAGAGAAACACUGAAGAUUGUAGAUGUCUAAAGUUUAUCUUCCCAAGUUUUAGCUGAUAUCCGGAAGGAUGAGGAGGAUAAAAGCGUGCUAUAUCUUAAGCAGCUACGCGUGUUGUAUUGUGCUAAUCUCUAUCUGGUGUGAUUUCAGCUACUUACUUUAUUAUGUAUAUAAAACGAUCAAGGUGUUUAUAUAUGUUCAUAUCUUUGUCCAGCUUUCAUUUCAUAUGCACAUUUGCCUGUGGGAUUCUCUGUAGAAUAAGUAGUUUCCAUAUCAGUGUAAUGAUUCAGCUUCUCUUAUAAUUGUAUAAGUAAUACUAUUACUAUUUCAUUAAUUCCUAAUAUCUACUA